GGCCCUUUUUCAUCUCAUCCCAAUAUAGUCUCUCACCCGCGCGGCGGUCUUUUAUCUGCUGGGAGAGAGAGACGGUUCCCUUUUUGUGUAAAUCUAGAACGUCUUUGAGAGAGUAAAAUUGAAAAAAUGAGUAAGGCAGCAGCAGCAGGUGGAGCCAAGGGGAAGAAGAAGGGAGCGUCCUUCGUCAUUGAUUGCGCCAAGCCAGUGGAGGACAAGAUCAUGGAUAUCGCCUCUCUCGAGAAGUUCCUCCAGGAGAGGAUCAAGGUUGGCGGGAAGGCCGGUGCUCUUGGUGACACUGUUACCGUCACUCGUGAGAAGAGCAAGAUCACCGUUACUUCCGAUAGCAACUUCUCUAAGCGGUAUCUUAAGUACUUGACCAAAAAGUACUUGAAGAAACACAAUGUGAGGGAUUGGCUUCGAGUUAUUUCUUCAAACAAGGACAGGAAUGUUUAUGAAUUGCGUUACUUUAACAUUGCUGAGAAUGAGGGGGAGGAGGAAGACUGAAGACUCGGUACACUAUUUUUCAGAUUGUUUACUUAUUUUAGGGCCUCCUUUAUCUAUCAGCUGUUGGAUCUAUAGGCUUGUUCUUUGAAAUUUUGGCUACUGAUAAGUGGAUUUCUAUUUUCAAUUCUCAUGUAUUAGAUGUUAUUAAUACCAUCCGAAUUUCUUGCUAGAGUUUGUCUAUAGAGAUUGGCAUGGCUAGGUUUUUAUAUAUGCCUUCUCUUUCGCAUCAUUAUAGUUUUUGCCACCCUUGUUUUGAAUAAAUGCAUACUCAUGGUGGCUGUUGCUUUACCUCUACUCUAUUGCAUUGGUGUUUGUUAUGAGUUUCUUGUUUCCAAAUGAGAAGGAUUGCAGCUUUUCUGAUGUUUUAA